AUGGCCGUCAACCCAAGCCGUGAUUCCGCUGUCGCAGACAGAACGACAGAUUCUGAAAAGGCGACCACCGCACUCGCUUCGAGCCUGGACCAGGUCAAGAUCAAUGGCGAAUCUGCGCAGUCCGAGCCCGUGAGCAUAUCUACCAAUCCCACUUCUGGCGUCACCCCGGCCGUCUCGAAAGAGGUCGUUACAGAACCUCAGCCUACUCCCACCCACAAAAACCCGUUGAACCUGCCACGCUCCGCUGCCGACGGUGUCAUCAGGACACCCCUGGCCGAACCUCUAGAGACUGCGAAGCCAGUUCCAAGACCACCGUUGACCCCGGAACAAAGGACAAAAUAUGCCACAUUGCUUAAGAAUGUGGCAGCAUGGACUGAAUUACCGGAAUCAUCUGCUAAAGGAUCGAAGAAACUGUCCCUGACAGACUCGGAGCGCUUAUUCCUUACUCGGGACUGCCUACUGCGGUACUUGAGAGCUACAACAUGGAACGUGGCACAUUCUGAAACGAGACUGAAGAACACACUGGUAUGGCGUCGUGAAUAUGGGCUGGAGAAGCUCACACGGGACUAUAUCUCCAUCGAAAAUGCCACGGGCAAACAGUUGAUCCUGGGCUGGGACUAUCAAGGAAGGCCCUGCCAAUACUUGAGACCAUCCAAACAAAACACCGAACGAAGCGAACGUCAAGUCCAGCAUCUGGUCUUCAUGCUCGAACGUGCCAUUGAUCUGAUGCCUGCCGGACAAGAGAGCUUGGCCCUGCUCAUCAACUUCGCAGAGACAAAGGCCGGACAAGGCGCAACUCUGUCACAGGGGAAGCAAGUCCUAAACAUUCUCCAGAAUCAUUACCCGGAACGUCUUGGUCGCGCUCUCGUGUCCAACGUGCCCUUCUAUAUCUCUGGCUUCUUCAAGCUGAUUACCCCCUUUAUUGAUCCCGUGACACGAGAAAAGAUCAAGUUCAACGAAGACAUUGGCCUGUACGUGCCUAGGGAGCAGCUAUUGAAGGAAAGUGGUGGUCUUGUGAACUUCGAGUAUGUGCACGAAAAAUACUGGCCCGCUCUCAAUGACCUGUGUGAAUUGAGGAGGUCUGAAGUCUGGGAACGCUGGGUCAAGGGCGGCAAGAGGGUUGGCGAGUACGAGGCUUACCUGAAGGGGGCAGAAAAGAGUCUGGCUGAGCGGGAGAAGGAGGACAUUGCUGCGACCGCCGAGACUGGCAAUUCAAUCUCGAGUUGA